AGCUGCCACCGCGUGCCUUCGUAAGAGUCUCUGACCUAAAAGUCCACCGCCGCCACCGCCACCGCCACGACAAGAGUUUUCUUCGGCUAUCACCUAUCAGCCAUGGCCGCCGGCUUCGAGGCUCUUCUCGACCCGACCGCGCUCUCCCUGGCCCUGCCGGCGCCGGGGCUCAACAAGGAGGACUACAUUGCCAUCUGCCUCGCCGCGCUCGCCGGCACGCGGGGGACCGGCCUCAAGGCGGCCGGGUUCGGGCGGCACGCGGAGAAGUGGUGCCCGCUGCCGCUCGCCGCGGAGCCGCCCUCGCCGGUGGCGCAGGAGGAGCUCCGGUUCCGGUGCGCGGUCUGCGGGAAGGCGUUCGCGUCGUACCAGGCGCUCGGCGGCCACAAGUCCAGCCACCGUAAGCCGCCCACCGAGCAGCGGUACGCCGCGGCCGCCGCGGCGCGGGCGGCGGCCUCCACGGCGGACUCCGAGGAGACGACGUCCUCGGGAGGGCCCGCUGCCGGCGGGCCGCACCGGUGCACCAUCUGCCGGAGGGGAUUCGCCACGGGCCAGGCGCUCGGCGGGCACAAGCGCUGCCACUACUGGGACGGCUCGUCGGUGUCCGUCUCCCUGUCCGCGUCGGCGUCCGGUUCCGGGACGGGGUCGUCAGGCUUCACCGUCAGGAACUUCGACCUCAACCUGAUGCCUCUGCCGGAGAACGCCGGGAUGAGGAGAUGGGUCGAGGAGGAGGAGGUGCAGAGUCCGCUGCCGAUCAAGAAGCGCAGGAUAUCGGACUAAUUCACUAGCUGACCUCGUGUGUUGAUCGCCGGUUCAUGUAAAUCGUUUGAUUCGUUGAUUCGUUUGUUGACAAUAAUAAACUAUUUGAUUUAUUUUUUGACGUCAAA